AUGGCACCCAUCAGGUUGGGCGUGAUUGGGCUUUCUGCGGACGGUUCCUGGGCCGCCGGUUCUCACUUGCCAUAUCUGCUGAAGUCCACGCACUACCAAAUCACCGCUCUCCAAAACAGCAGCAGGGCGUCUGCCGAGAAAGCCGUCCAGAAGUACGGUCUCCCGGGCGAGGUCGCCUGCUACGGCGAUGUGGAAUCUCUCGUGCGCGAUCCAAAUGUCGACCUGGUCGUUGUUGCCGUCAAGACCCCCACUCAUCAUGGAUUGGCGAAGCCUGCGAUCGAGGCCAAGAAGGACGUGUUCGUCGAGUGGCCGCUCGGCGUCAAUCUCACGGAGGCAGAGGAGCUCACGUCUCUUGCGAAAUCGCAGAACGUAAAGACCAUGAUCGGGCUUCAGGGACGUCAAAACCCGAGCAUCCGCAAGGCAAAGGAAAUGGUGGCCGCAGGUGAAUUGGGCUUUAUUCUGGGCACGACGAUGAUCGGGUCUGGCGCGAUCAUGGGUCGAGUUAUGCCCGCACCUCUCGAAUACGAACUGUCCAUCGAAUCCGGCGCAAACUUGGUCACCAUCUCUGCGAUGCAUGCAGUCGAUGCGCUUUGCUUUGUGCUUGGGGAAUUCCAGGAUUUACAAGCCACUCUCGCCAAUCACCGACCAAAGAUGCCCAUCAUCGAUCCGACCACCGGCAAAGUGCAAAAACUGGCCGACAAGACCUGCCACGAUUACAUGAGCGUGACAGGGACGUUGGCGCGGGGAGGUGUGGCGUCGGUCGUGUACCAAGGCGGCCAUUCUCUGACUGGCAAGGACUUCUACUGGGAGAUCAAUGGAACCAAAGGCAGCCUGAUUCUAGAAGCACCCAGUGGACUCGUCGAGAUGUACCACCCCACCAUGAAGUUCGUGAGAGCAGAGGAGGAGGCAUCGUUCAAAUCUUUCGACGAUGGAAAAGGGCCGCAGCCGAAGGAGGUCGAGGUCGAGGUUGCGACCGAGUUCUCGUACAACGUCGGCCAAGCUUGGGACGCGUUCGCUGGUGCUGGGUCUGGGACCGUCACCACCUUCGAAGAUGCCUUAGUCAGGCACAAAAUGAUCGACGCCAUAUAUAGAAGCAGUGCGAAGGGAACCAGGGAGACGUACAUCUAA